AUGGCUUCAGGGUCGACAUCAACGGUCGCAUUUGGUGCGUUAGCCACCUUGCUUGGAUACGUGGGUGCAGAGGUAGCAUCGCUGGGAAUAUUCUCACGACUCCUUUGGCCCGAGCGCUUUUACAAUACCUCUAGUCCCAGCGACCUUGCUGCCAUGGUUGCUCUUUUACCGAUGGGGGGCCCUAUACACAAAGCCGCACUUGCGGCGCUCGAUCAUCUCAUCGCAGCAGGGCUCAACAAGGGUUACUGUCGAGGGGAUAUGCUAGGGACUGCGUUUUACGAGGAUACUAAGGUGACUUACUCUGUCAAGAAGGGAGCCAUAGACGAGGACACACAACAGAAAGAAGCCAGGAAUGGAUUUUGGAUACGCACUCUGAGACUUGUCAACUGGGAUGUUGUUGAUGCCAAAGCAAUGCCUACAAGGCAAACUACUACAAACAGCUUUCAGGAAGCUGAACAAAGACGGACUCUUCGAUCGAAACGACCCGUACUUUGGCUGACACUUGAAUAUGCAUCAGGUAGCGACAAAUCAGCGUCGGCAGCACCAGAAUCGGUAAAGAGCUCCGAUAUUAAUUUGGGACAAUCGGUCAGAGAGCUUUCUAAUCCCCUGGAUCUUCGAGCCGUUGGAGGGAUUAUUGCGACUGAAGCAAUAACUGUUUCGGUCGGUAUCUUUGUUGCAGCACACUGGAAAAGCCUCUUCUCGAUCUGGUUUCUCACUCCACUCCUUUGCAAGGUCUUAAGCCUCGCAUUUGCAGUCCGCCGCCAGGCUCUAAACACCAAACCUGUGCGCUCGAUCUCAUCGAAAUUACCAGUCCAAACCCUGGAACCUUCACGCCACGCAAUGCCCAACCAAUGGGUUGUUGAGAUCUCUGACACUCGAAGAGGCUUCCUGAUGAUCCAAGGACCGCGGGAUCUUCUGCUUCAAUUCUUUCAGCACUACGGUCACCCAGAGCGCUAUCGACGUGGCAUCAACGGUGAUCGCCUGCGUGAAGUCCUCUCGUUGGCUUUGAUUGUCCUCUGCAUCUUUAUAUUUCCCGCCGGUCUCGUCGCUUUCGUCUUCGCCCCUCAAGGGGUUCAGUGGACUUGGCUAGCAUACCAACUCUAUACCACUGUUGCCAUGCAUUUCUAUCGUUUUUGCAACGGUGACAGCUUAGGAUCCACCGAACAAAGGAUGGCUCGCGUGCUGCAAAAUCAACAGCCCGCAAGGUUCUGCGACGCUCAGGGUACAAACUUGUUAGUCAAAUUGGACAUUGACGUCGUUGACGGCAUGAUGCAGGGUAGGUAUGAGGUAGAUCGGCGAUUGGAUCAAUCUUUUCGGGCAUCACCAGGUCUACCAGCUUGA